UCUAUACCUAAUCUCAACCAUGUAACAUUUUUUUACACGAAUAGUAUAUAGUCUGAUACAUCUGUAAUAUACUAAAAAUACGUGUGGGAAUGAUGACAGAGAUUUGAUAUUUACCAAAAACAACAUCUGACAUGGAAAGGCCGGUAUUGCGGCAAAAUAUCUAUUGCGUUCUCAACGGCAUUUAGUCAGAAAAACCCAAGAAAUAAGCAACUGCAUUUCUUUAGAUAAGAAGGGCUUCAAAGUUAUGUUGUAUCAAGAGUAGAAGCCCCAAAGUAAAUGCAUGGAUCAAAGGGAUGCUAUGACAUUAGCCGGCUCGUCUCCAUAUUACAUGCAGGUCGAGUCUGUCACGGGGCUGCACAGCUCACCCACUAUGAGCCCAAUGUCGCACUUCCAAUCCAACACCGGUGGCAACCUAAAUGUGCCGUCUUUGCCUUUAGAUACUUCAUCGGCAAUGUCUGCUCAUGGAGUUAGUGUAGGUCCCCAGGCUAUGCAGCAAGGCGAACCUGUGCGUAGGAAGAGGGGAAGACCGCGUAAAUAUGGGCACAAUGGUGCAGUUUCACUGGGACUGUCUCCCUCUGUCCCUAGUCCUACUCUGAUGGCAAGAGAAACUCUAAAGAAGAGAGGGAGACCACCGGGGCUUGGACGUAAGCAACAGCUCUUGCAUCUAGGUGGAUCUGCUUUCAGUGGAGCUGGAAAACUGACUCCACAUAUCAUAAAUGUUGCAGUUGGAGAAGAUAUCAAAAGAAAAGUAUUAUCGCUUUUGCAGGGGCGAAGAGGCAUAGUUAUCUUCUCGGGCAUUGGUUCUGUCUCCGCGGCAAAUAUCAAGAUUUCAAAUUCUAGUGGAAGUGUCACGUACGAGGGAAACUUUGACAUGGUAAAUCUAUCAGGCUCGUACAUCAACGACGUUGAUGGUCCUCACGGCCCAACUGGUGGUCUUAAUGUCACAUUUUCUGGUCCUGAUGGUACUCUCAUAGGCGGCCCAGUCGAGGGACUCCUCAUUGCUGGAAGCCCUGUUCAGGUGAUUGCUGGAACCAUGGCACCUUUCACUUCUAAGGCGAAAACCAAGGCUCCCGAAGAUCUGGAACCUUCUGGAGAUCCUCAACAUAGCACACUUGGAAACUCGGUAAAUCCAGCUAACGUUAGUCAGAGUCUCAACCAGAUGCGCGCUUGGACGAGUUCAAGAUGACGGAUGUACAUGAAAUUGUUGUGCUGACAUUAACUGAAGCUGGAAGGAAAGAGCAGUUUGGCUCAAUGGAUUUGGUUUUCUUAGAUGACAUAGGCUUUUCAUAGAAAUGUACAUCCCCUCAUUAAUGAUUUUCCCUUGUAUGAACAAAGAUACUUGUAGUUCAUCUUGAGAGGACAACUCAAGAAACAUUUGUGUACUCAGUUUUUUUGUAUUAAUUUGCAAGUUUUUUCUGAA